AUGGGGGACAAUCACAAUGAAGCCCAUCGAACUCUAGCAGAUUUGCAAGAAAAUUGCCUGACAAGGGUGCUUGAAUUCACAACACCAAAAGAUGUUUGCAGGCUCUCAGUUUUCUGUCAUACAUUAGAGUCUGCGGCAAAUUCAAAUUGUGUAUGGGAGAAAAUGGUUCCAUCUCAUUACAGAGAUCUCCUUGCACGAGCUAAUCGACCUCUGCAAUAUAAUUCAAAGAAAGAAUUAUAUUUCAAGCUCUGUGAACAAGUCUCGAUCGACAACGGAACCAAGAAGUUUUGGCUGGACAAAGCUACUGGAAAAGUAUGCUUUUUGUUGCAUCCAAGAGAUUUGGAUAUAACUCGGGGAAAUGCGAAUCAUGACUGGCGUUGGAUUUGUCAAGAUGGCUCCAGGUUCCAUUUUAUUUCUCGAGAAGGCUCUGGUUCUGAGGCAAUAGCUCAAUUUAUGACAAUAUGCCGGUUUGAAGUGCAAGGCGUUUUUGACUGCAAAUUUCUGUCUCCUGGUACAGAAUAUACCGUCUCAUUUAAACUGAAACUUGUUGGAUCAUCUAGUUUUGGAUGGGAUAAAAAACCAGUCAAAUUUUCAGUUACAACUUCUUGGGGACAUCAACAGCAAUCUGCUCUGUUUUUGCAAAACACUGAGAAGCCUGUUGAUAAUGAAAAAUACCAAAAGACUUCUGUUAGACAUGUUAGGGAGGGUUGGAUGGAGCUUGAUGCAGGCGAAUUCAGUGUGGAAGAAAAUAAGGAUGGUCCAAAGGAAGUGAAGUUUCACAUGAAUGAAGUGGAUGAUGAAAAUUGCAAAGGUGGACUUCUUUUAGGGGGGGUUAAGAUUCAACCUAGUUUUCUGGUUACAGAAAGACUCAAUGUUGGGGAAGAAUGGUCUUGGGUUUAA